CUCGUUGGAAGACUGGCGAUUGCAUGCAGCUGUUAAAAGCUGCAAAGCUUCCUUGCCGACGGACGCCACUGAUCUGUGCUUAACGAUGCAUGUCAAAGAUGACCUUCAUGAAGUCAGGCAUGCUGCUUCUUGUGUAUAAUGAGAGCGCUCACUCCCUCAUGAUUUCACGUGUUGGUGUGACUCUUGAGCACAGACAAAGUAGCGUCCAUACGCAAGUCUCCAUCGUUAACCCCCCGGCAAACAAGUCAAAAACGUGUCGUUUGUGUGUCAAAGUGCAGCCCUUGUGUGGCUGACAAUACGCAAGGUGACACCAAUCUCUUGUUUUCUACUCCUCUUUCCACGGAUCUCCUCCCAUUGGUGAGAGGAGCUCAUUCCUAACAGGAGGGGCUGAAAUCAGAGUCCUCCCCUUAGAAGUACAGACAUUUCUCACAUGUUUGUGCAAGAGGUGAGGUGGGGAAAAAAAAGAAUGGAGGACAUGAAGCAGUGACACAGGUGGAAGACGGGCGACAAAAUGUCUUCCGAGCAACGAAGAACAGACUUUGACUGUGGAGUUUAUUGCCGGAGAGAACUUUUCAUUUUUUUCUGUCUGUUCGUCUUGGACUUAUCAGCACAUUUAUGAAUCCGUCACAGCGUGAUGAUGCUUCAUCCUACCUGAGCUUCCUUCCACAUUUUCAUCCGUCGAUGCUGUCAGUCGCCAUCCCGUCAUGAACUUGCUGUGUCGAGGACGUCUGAAACUUCUAGUGGCGUCUCUUACGGCCGUGGUGCUGCUCACCUGGUUGUACCUGCUGUCUGGAAACCUGUACAAUGAUUGCUCCAUCCUCAUUCCUCCCUGUUUGACCAACACGCCUGCAUCUCCGCUUCUGGAACAAGCCGUCCUUGAGUCACGGGUUCGAGAGGUGGAAGCAGAGAACAGGCAGAUCAGACUGCAGCUGAGCCAAUCGCAGGCCUCUGUUGGCCAGCCGGCUGAGGGAAAUGAUGGCAACCAACAGUGGGGAGCCUCUGCCGACACGGGACCAGAGGAUGGAUACAAGACAGCGGAGGAGAAGAAGAACAACCACACGGACUGUCCAAGAUUGCCUACCGUCCAAAAGUGUGAGAUAAUACACGUUGCCUGUGUUUGUGCUGGACACAACGCCAGUAGAGAUGUGGUCACACUUGUCAAAUCCGUCCUCUUUCACAGGAGAAACCCCUUGCACUUUCACUUUAUCACUGAUGCCGUGGCCAACCAAAUAUUGACCUCCCUAUUUGAGUCAUGGAUGGUUCCGUCCGUGCAAGUUAGUUUCUAUGACGCCGAUGAGCUCAAGUCCGAGGUGUCAUGGAUACCAAACAAGCAUUACUCAGGAAUUUAUGGCUUGAUGAAGCUGACACUAACCAAAGCCCUCCCGUCUGACCUGUCAAAGGUUAUUGUUCUGGAUACAGACAUCACCUUUGCCACUGAUAUCGCUGAACUCUGGGGAGUUUUCAGAAAGUUCACAGACAAACAGGUUAUUGGUCUGGUGGAGAACCAGAGUGAUUGGUACCUGGGAAACCUGUGGAAAAACCAUAAACCCUGGCCUGCACUUGGCCGGGGCUUCAACACAGGUGUCAUUCUCCUGUACUUGGAGAGGUUGCGGCGAAUUGGAUGGGAGCAAAUGUGGCGGCUGACGGCAGAGAAAGAGUUAAUGAACAUGCUGAGUACAUCUCUGGCUGAUCAGGACAUCUUCAAUGCCUUCAUCAAGCAGAACCCAGUCCUGGUCCACCAGCUGCCCUGCUUCUGGAAUGUUCAGCUGUCUGAUCACACUCGCUCUGAGCUCUGCUACACCGAUGUUUCUGACCUCAAGGUCAUCCACUGGAACUCCCCAAAGAAGCUUCGUGUGAAGAACAAGCAUGUGGAGUUCUUCAGGAACCUUUACCUGACCUUCUUGGAGUAUGACGGAAACCUGCUGCGACGUGAGCUGUUUGGCUGCUGGAGUCAGGCCAGUCCAGAGAGCAUACAGUUGCAGACUGCCCUGGAGGACCUGGACGAGGAUGAUCAGUGUUAUGACUUCCGCCGGGAGCGAAUUACAAUUCACAGAAUCCACCUCUACUUCCUGCAGUAUGAAUAUACGCUGAGCGAGAAUGACAACGAUGUCACACUGGUGGCCCAACUCUCUAUGGACAGGUUGCAGAUGCUGGAGGCAAUUUGUAAACACUGGGAAGGUCCCAUCAGCUUGGCACUUUACAUGUCUGACGCAGAGGCUCAGCAGUUUCUUCGCUAUGCUCAAGCCUCGGAGGUCCUGAAAAAGCGCAAAAAUGUGGGCUACCACGUUGUCUACAAGGAAGGCCAGUUCUACCCCAUCAACCUGCUGAGGAACGUAGCCCUGAAGAAUGCCAAAACGCCGUAUGUUUUCCUGACAGAUGUGGACUUCUUACCAAUGUACGGUCUCUAUGAGUACCUGAGAAAAUCUGUGGUCCAGUUGGACAUGGCUGGUACGAACAAAGCCCUGGUGGUCCCUGCUUUUGAGACACUUCGGUAUCGCUUGUCCUUCCCCAAAUCCAAAGCUGAGCUGCUCUCCAUGCUGGACAUGGGGACACUAUAUACCUUCAGGUAUCACGUAUGGCCUAAAGGUCAUGCGCCUUCCAACUACGCCAAGUGGAGAACAUCCACCACACCUUACAAGGUUGACUGGGAGGCAGACUUUGAACCAUACGUUGUUGUCAGACGCGAUUGUCCGCAAUAUGAUCAACGCUUUGUGGGCUUUGGCUGGAACAAAGUUUCCCACAUCAUUGAACUGGAUGCACAGGAGUAUGACUUCAUGGUUCUCCCAAACGCUUUUAUGAUCCACAUGCCCCACGCUCCGAGCUUUGACAUCUCCAAGUUCCGUUCCAGUUCCAGCUACCGCAACUGUUUGAACACCCUCAAGGACGAGUUCCACCAAGACUUGUCCAGGAAGUAUGGUGCAGCUGCUCUCAAGUACCUCACCGCCCAGAGGAACAUCUAAAAAGAUCUGUCGGACACUUCCAGAACCUUUCAGACAUUUUUGGUUUCCUGUGCUGACUGGGCCUAAAGAGACGACAUGACACACGGAGCAGUAGAAUUUCCUGCAAAAUACUGUCAUGCUUUCUUCUGACAAUCAGGGGUAUUUCACCCAUGAUCCAGUAUCUGCGACAUUAGGGCGUUUGGGGAUCAUUAGGGUCAGCACCAUGUUGGAGAGGUCAGUCCAACAGGAGAAUGUUUUACGCCUUAUCACUUUAUGGAGUAUAUACUAAGAUUCAGUCAUUCAUUUUCUACCACUUAUCCUCACGAGGGUCGCGGGGGUGCUGGAGCCUAUCCCAGCUGUUUUCGGGUGAGAGGCGGGGUACACCCUGGACUGGUCGCCAGCCAAUCACAGGGCACAUAUAGACAAACAACCAUUCACACUCACAUUCAUACCUAUGGACAAUUUGAAGACACCAAUUAACCUAGCAUGUUUUUGGAAUGUGGGAGGAAACCGGAGUACCCGGAGAAAACCCACGCAUGCACGGGGGGAACAUGCAAACUUCACACAGAGAUAACCGAGGGUGGAAUUUAACCCUGGUCUCCUAGCUGUGAGGUCUGCGCGCUAACCACUCGAUCGCCGUGCAGCCUAUACUAAGAUCAUUCACAUAAUUACAUAAUUUCUUCUUUGGAGUGUAAAUAUCAACUUAUUCACUUUACAUUCGCUUUUAUUGAUCAUUCUUUUGACCGCUAUUAAGAUUAUCAAAGGCCAGGCUAAUUCAUUGUGAUUCAUGUGUUUGAUUCUACAGUAGCCAAUAUGUCACAGUACGGUAGUGGGUACACUCAGGAACCAUUCGACUAUAUCUUCCCAAGAGAGAACAUAGAAACAAUAUGAUACUUGGAUAUGACUUAAGGUUAGGCUCAAGAGAUCAUGUGUGUCUUCAUACUCCAUGUGGCGCCUGCUCCCAAACUGCAGGGGGCAGUGUACUGAAAACAUACAUGUACUAAACUUGACCGGAAGAAGUUUACAUUCGACUUCCAACAUAGCGACGCUUGCAUAUAUCCUGAUGCAACAUGGGAUAUUAAGAAGGAAAAAAAUAAGAAAAGAAAAAUACAGUUCAGAUCCCUGCUUUUUGGCAAUGGUAAUUUAUAUGUCCAUAAAAAUGUCUAUUUUUCACUCUCCUCCUUCCAAACCCACCUGCUAGCUUGACGCUGACGAUUUCGGAUCAACUUUUGCAGUAAAAGUGAUUGUUGCUAUUAUUAGAUUCAGCUCCGGAACCUUCCGCUUCUCUCUUCAAUUCCCAUUGUUCACUCACAACACUGCUGUUGACACAGCAAACAUGUAGGACUUGUUGCUGCACGGCAAUCGGUUUUUGGCUUUGAAAGUUGUUUUUCGGCCGAUCAAAUGUUUUUUAUGGAAAUCAGUUGAUACUGUUUUCUGGCCGACUGAUCGGACCAUCCCUAAUUUAAAGUAUAAAAGGUAUAGCUAUUCACCAGUAAAGGAUGACAAUGUAAGACGAUCCACAAACAGAUGCCAAAACUGUAUGUGGCCAAAAAACUAUGAUGUGUUUACGGACCGCCAAACAAAGUGAGAAAACUCAACACUUAAGAAAAAAUCAUUAUUCGUGAAGCAUAAAGACACAAACAUCAAAAAAUUUUGCAACAGUUGUACACGUACGCUGUAGUAUUUAUAAAUAUAAUUUUUCUGUUGAAAAAAAUAUAAUAAAAAAUUUAAAAAUUAAAAUACAGUAAUAUAAUAAUAAAAAAUAAAACGUUGAAAAAAAAUUGUGAAGACUGAAAUUUCAUAACGAUUAUUUUCUUUGCCCAUUAAUCAGAGGCUUGUUGUUUUGAUCAAUAGAGUCAUUCUUUAGGCCCGCGACCAGGGGUGUGCAAACUUCCACCAAUCCUCGGGAGUGCUUGGAGUGUGACCAAUCAUAGCGGGGUAGGCGUACCCAGAGGAGGGGCAGGAGUGGAGUAAAUUGAACUGAAAAAGACCUUUGUCAUCCAUUGACUGUUUAGGUUGGAAGCAGGAAGUCAAUAGAAACACUGCAGAAACAGGUGCAGAAUCUGGGAGAGCUAGAAAGCUUUCUGUGCGGGUUAUUGUGUGUAGCUGCUCUAUAGGAGUCCACAACUCAAUACAAACCGCCAAAAAUGAGAAUGAGCAUAAUAGGUCCCUUUUAAAGGCAAAAAGGUUGAAAAAAAAAUACAUCUACAAUAGAUAUUUAAGAUCAAAGCUUUGUGUUAUUAGUUACAAUUAGUUAUUAUUAUUUUUAGCCUUUUUGCUUUGUUAGCUGGGGAGUUUUUUUGUUUGAUUUUAUUUCUCCUAUGUGCUGUGGUCCCAACAUAGAACAAGCUAUGGGCCACAAAUGACCCCCAGAGCCACACUGUGGACACCCCUGCCCAAGGUGGACCAAAUCAAUAUGAAGCAAACAAAAACAGUUACAGAUUUGGUCCGCAACAGAUCAGAAAAGAGGCAAAAAUGUCCAUUACUGUUUUCCGAAGGCAAAGGCACAGUUGUCAAUUAAUUGGAUAAUCGAUUCCUCAAAUAAUUAAGUUUUAAUUCAUGUCUAGUAUGCUGUAAUAAUGUUAAAACACACAUAUAGAAGGUUUUCUAUGCUCCAACUACGAAAAUAUUGCAUUGAUAAAUAAGGAAUCCUACUUAACACAGUCAGGUCUGGAACCACUUUACUGCGAUAAAAGAGGGAUUACUGUACAUAUUAAUAUAUCCCACUAUACUGUUGCGGUACUAAUGAAUGAAUUGCAAUCACUAAGCACAUUCCUAGAAAGGACAAAGAAAUACACAACCUGUUUAUACGAUGAACAGUGCUCACUGUUUAUGAAAGUUAUUUUCAGAUUCUUUGUGCAUGUUUAUUAAGAUAAAUUACGUUUUAUAAAUCUGCAAAGUUGUAUACUGGAAAACAGUGAAAGAAUGACUUGAGAUGGGCCAGCAGUUAAUGUAAUGGAUGCCCGUGUUUGACUAUUAGAUGGCGGUACUGCAAGCAGGAGUUGUUUUAUGUCCAACAAUGUCUUUAUAUGUGACUAUAUAUAUGGCCCAUACUUCUUAUUUUAGGCCCAUCAUUCAUGUAGUCCGAGAGGUAGGAAACAGUGUAGUUUAAGUCAGAUGCCAGUUUAUGUCAGUGGGGCCUUAACCACCAAAGUAUGGAUGUGCAUCACCAACGACUCACUGAUGGAGAUGAACACGAUAGUGCCUUUGCUGUAUUGUAAGACUGGAUACUGAUGAUACUGACGAAAGAGGCUGAUGUCAGGCACUCUAUUUAUUAUUGGUGAAUCAAAUCAAUCUUAUUUUUCUAUGUA